AUGGGGAAAAAAUGGAGGCAUUGGAAAGGUUUACUAAAAGCACGUGCAUAUGAACCAAGCCUUAUGAUUGACGAAAUUGUGGCACGACAAACAGAUAAUGAUAGUCGAGUGAACAAAGAUCAAUUUAAAGAAUUGGUGACUCGUUGGUUCACUCCAAAGUAUCAGACGACAUGUGAUGUAAAAAGAGCUAGUCACGCAAAGAUGCAAGAGCCUCAUGUUACGGGAACAAAAUCAUUUGCCCGACUUGCUCAAGAAGAGCCAAUGAAAAAUGAUGGUGCAUACCCAUCACGAGGAGAAAUAUAUUGUAUAACUCGUACUUGUAAAGAUGGAAGUAUUGUUAAUGACAAUGUUGCCCAACAUAUGUCUUCCCUACAAGAUGUUUCAAGUAACCCGAGAAACACACAACAUAAUGAAGAUGAUUAUUUAAAUGAUGACUAUCCGAGAGUUAAGGGUCCAGAGAAACAUGGGUACAUUCGAUGUGUAGGUAGGAUGCCGGCUGUAAAAGACAAUGGUGCUUCAUCUUCUACUGAUCCAGAAACUAUUCAACAACUAAAGGAUGGGUUGAGUUGCACUCAAAAUGCAUUAAGCGUUCUCAUCAAUCUCGUCAAGGAUCAUAUUCCAAAUGCAAACGUAUUAGGAAUGCUUAACAAUUUGAACUUACAGGUUCCUAAUAGCUUUUCUGUGGUUCCUAAUCACUAUCCUCUAGGAAAUCAAAGAUCCUCAUUUGAAAGUCAUCAUAACAAUGGGACUCAUUCGUAA